GUUAGCUGAUACUAGAGCAGUCGUCAUGGUGCUGCUGUAGAAAGAGGAAGUUUGUGUCACUGACAGGGAGGAUACAGCUCUUCACACGAGGAUAUGGUAAAGCAAGAAGAUGUUAAAUACAAGACUUGAACCGAAAAAUCCCAGUGAUGGUGACAGCUCGGAUUCAGAGCUUGGACUUGAGCCAGAGACAGACCGCUUUGGGUUCCUCCUCACUGAUGGCUCCACUGAUAGAGUCAGGAGCGUGGGCCCAUCUCCUGUUCUCGUAAGACAGAGAGAGGCCAAGUGGAUCAACAUCAUUGAUCAGUGGGACCGGCUACUAUUCAAGAAAACAAGUAAGAUUAAAGUCCAGUGUCAUAAGGGAAUCCCAGCUUCACUCCGAGCAAAAUGCUGGCCACUGUUGUGCGGUGCCACUAAACGAAUGGAAAAUCAGAAAGGCUUAUAUAAGUUACUGGACUCACAGCCUGCUCUCAAACACUGGGAGGAUGUGAUUGAGAGAGACUUGGACCGUCAGUUCCCUUUUCACGAGAUGUUUGCUUCCAAGGAUGGGCACGGGCAGCGUAGUCUGUUUGAAGUCUUGAAGGCCUACGCUCAGUUUAAGCCUGAGGAGGGUUACUGCCAGGCCCAGGGACCAGUGGCUGCAGUGCUACUCAUGAACAUGCCUGCUGAGGAGGCUUUUUGGUGUUUGGUGCAAAUAUGUGAACAAUAUCUGCCUGGAUACUACAGCCCCUUGCUGGAAGGAGUGCUCUUUGAUGCUUCCAUAUUGAUGUGGGUUUUAAAAAGGUCCUGUCCAGCUGCCCACAAACACCUGCAAUAUCACGGAGUGGAACCGCUCAUGUUCGCCACAGACUGGCUCAUGUGUUUGUUCACACGGCACUUACCAUUCAACACGCUUCUUAGAGUGUGGGACCUUUUCUUCUGUCAUGGGGUGCGUGUACUGUUGCAGGUAGCUGUGGUGCUGGUACAGAGGGUUCUGGGCCGUGAAGAGCAGAGGAAACACUGCUGUGGUCAGAUGGAGACUCUACAGAAGCUCAGAGGCAUCAGAGAGGAGGUCAAAGAUGAGGAAGAUGAUUUCAUUGUGGAAGUACUGUCUGUGUCCCUCUCAGCAAAAGAUCUGCAAAAACGGACAGAGAAAGAGCUACAAACAUGGCGAAAAGAACGACCCACAUCCACCUUUGACCCCAGAGAUCGUUGCCAGGGAUACCACAUGGCUUGGUUGACAUUUCAAAAAAGCAAACAAGAAUGUGAAAUGAGGGAGAGAGAAAAAGGACACUUGUCUGUUCCUCUGUUUCGCUCGGCCUCCACUCUCUCCUUGUCAUCGUCAAAAUGGCAAAAGGGGGUGAAGGCAAAAAGCGGUGUCAAGAUCAUGAGACAUCUUUCCAUGGGAGCAAAAGAGGACUGCCAAAGUUUUGCUAAUCUAAAAGUACAAAAGGCUCAGAAACUACAAGACAAUUGUUUCGAUUUAAUAGAAAAGAAAAGGCUGAGUGACACAAGGCAAGAAUACAAAAUCCAAGAAAAUGAAUUAUUAGAAGAAGAAUCAGAAACUCCACAAAUACAAAAUGUCCCUCAAACAGCUAUUACAGACCAAACAGAGCAGGUAAAAGAAAAUGAAGAAAUCAGAUCUGCAGCAGACUUAACUGAGCAAGAAGAAAAUGUAGAUGCCAAACGUCCAGAAACUGAUGACAUUACAAAUCAACAAAACGAGCAAACUAUGAGCAAAGAGCACAGUCAAAGCCCAGAUGUGAAUACAAUUGAAGGGGAUUUGAACAAAGAUUGCGCAGUUGAAACAUACUUAACUGUUGAUGCAAUUACCACGAAUACAAACCUACAGCCCAGCGAGCAAAUAAAUGAGAACAUCCAAACUGAACAAGAAUUGGAGAAUGGACAAGAGAUAAUGGGAGUCAAUGUAAACCAGGUCAAGUCACUCAAACAGUUAGCUACAGAAGUUGCUAGACACUGUGCAGAGUUCAACAGUGAGGAUGAGAACAAAGAAAUUGGGGAAGAACAACAGCAAAACAAAGAAACAGACCUGGAGAACCUUUCGUUGGCAGCACAAUUACACGUAAAUGAGUCUAUGCAAAAACUUAAAGGAACCGAAAUCAACUCCCACAGCCAGGCAGAAAUACAGAUGUGUGAACUGGCCCGACAAGAACAAAUUACCAAUGCAACUACAAGCAGCAAUGACCCACCUAAAAUAGAUGCAAUACACGUACAGGAACAGAAUGAAAAGACUGAAGCAGAGACAGUUAUAGAAAGUUUUAGUAAUGAUGACAUUCAAGAUAUUUCUGCUAAAUUAGAGGUUUCAGAAGCCCAAACGCUUGUUGAUUCUCAGAGUAGCCCAAUAAUCUCUGAUAGCAUAGAAGAGGCCACUUACUUCAGCACAUUGCCCCAAACGCAGCCAUCUUCAUCAUGUGAGCCACCAGGUGAACAUCUCAGCACAGAUGCAAACACUUCCACACAGAAUAUAAAGCAUUGCACUCCUGAAAGAGAUGUGCAGAGUAAUGUUUAUCACCCAAACAAGGAACUUAAAACACAAAAGGAUUGCAGUGACAUUCGCCAGUUAGAAGGUGAAUUUAUGAACAACAACCAACAGUAUAGCUUCAGGUUGUCUGGAGACUUCAGAGUGAGAAAAUCAUCCAGUUCUCGUGGGUCAAGGUUUGCACGCAGGCUGUCAGAAGACCUCUUCACCACUCCCCAAGUAGUGGAGCAGACAGAAAUUAAUACUUUGGACCAUAUAGAAAAUAAUGAAACUAUCCAAAUGCCAAGUACUCCAGAGACAGAGCCCGUAAUACACAAGCAACAGCCACCGAAACGUUUUGGACUGUUUCGCAGACUGAGAGAAGAAAAAAAGAACAAAAAACAGAGCAAACCCAAAAUACAAGUUCCCAAAAUCCUGAUUCAGGAUUUUAGUGAUGCAAGAGAAAUAGAGCAAGAAACAGAAGUGGAAAAUAAGCUGACAUCCAGGGAGCGAAGGAGACAACGGAGGGAGCAGAAAAGAAAAGAGAAAGAAUUAGAGGAAAGUAGAAAAGGUCAGGCCAAGAGCACAAGUGUUCACGCUCAAAGUGACAAAGAUAAGCUCCAACUUGGUGGUGCUGGUUCACAAUCUCAGAGCAAAACUUCAUAUGGAGAUGUGUACUUUUAAAUUCAAGUUAAGGUGACAAUUUUACUGAUUAUUAUGGUAAAUAUGAUGGUACUAAAAAUUAUGUGAUACAAAAAUAAACUAAACAAAUAACUGUGU